AUGACGUCGGUAACAUGGCAGUUGAUUGCUGGUAUGCAUGAAAAAUAUCAGUACGCCAUGUCCGCGAGGGACCCUAGAAUAGCAGGAUGGGGCCUCUCGGCGGACUUAAGCUUCGUCUUGCCAGUGUCCCUGGGCUACCUCUACGUCGUCAAGGUCGCAGGUCCACGAUGGAUGAGGAAUCGCCCGCCGUACGACCUCAAGACCGUCAUCACGCUCUACAACUUGUGCCAGGUGAUUGCGAAUGUGUUCUUCUGCGUGCAGUUCUUCCGUCAUUCCUACCUCGGAGGUGGCUUCAGUGUGCUUUGUCAAGGUAUGAGUUACUCCAGAGACCAAAACUCCAUGACCCUCCUUCGCCUGUGCUGGUGGUACUUCUUUGUCAGGAUUGCGGACUUCAUGGACACUGUCUUUUCCGUCGCUACUAAGAGAUUUUCUCAAGUCACACUUUUGCACGUCUCUCACCAUUUUCUCGUUGUUUUGAACGGCUGGGUGUGGUUUAACUUCGCGUGUGGGGGUCAGGCAAUGAUGGCUCUCUGCGCAAACGGUAUCAUCCACAUAAUAAUGUACACUUACUACUUUCUUUGUUCCUUUGGACCCGGUGUUCGGCCGUACCUGUGGUGGAAGAAAUACCUGACCGGUCUGCAGAUUUUCCACAUCGCCUUUGUCGGUGUGCACAUGACCAUCCCCCUGUUCUACGACUGCGGAUUCCCGACCGGAGCUAUUUUAUUUUCGACCCCUCAGUGGAUACUGGCACUAGGAAUGUUCACCAAGUUUUAUGUCCAAGCGUAUACCUUGAAACGACGCCCCGAACCGCGCGGUUCCGUAGCGAGAAAAGGCGAUUAA